AGGGCUAACCGGAGAUUCUCAUUGGCUACCGACCCAUGUUCACUGACGUCUAGGGGAGACUAGCAUUUACCUGCUCACUGACUACAUACGACGUCGAGAUUCUAAUCAAUGUCGCUCAAUGGCAUCAAAGUAGUAGAAUUUGCGGGCCUGGCACCGGGUCCAUUCGCGGGUCUGGUACUCGCUCACAAUGGGGCAUCCGUUAUCCGCAUUGAUCGCCCUUCCUCAACUACCAGAGAUCUACUAUGCGCGGGAAAGCGGUCGAUUGCGUUGGACAUGAAGACUGCGAGCGGACUGCGAGUUGCGAAGGAUCUCAUCGCUAAAGCAGACGUUCUUAUUGAUCCAUUCAGACCCGGAGUGCUUGAGAAGCUUGAGCUCGGUCCUGAGGUGUUUCAUACAAGUGACAAGCGGGAAGGUCUGAAUGACAAACUUGUAUAUGCAAGGCUUGUAGGGUUCCCAAGAAAUGGCAAGCACUCUACUAUGGCUGGCCAUGAUAUCAAUUAUAUCGCCCUUAGCGGCAUUCUCUCCAUGCUUCCGGGAACAAUGCACAAGCCCACCUUUCCUUUGAAUCUAAUUGCUGACUUUGCUGGAGGCGGCCUACUUUGUGCAAAUGGUAUUUUACUGGCUAUUAUCGAGCGAGGUAGGAGUGGCCGUGGACAAGUCGUCAAUGUGGACAUGGUUUCUGGUUCGCGUUAUAUAUCGUCUUUUCCACUUCUAAGUGCUGGGAGCAGUGCCUGGGCAGGACCACGAGGCACCAAUGUCCUUGACGGUGGCGCGCCGUUCUACGAUGUUUACAUCUGCUCAGAUGGAAAGUGGAUGAGCAUAGGGUGUCUUGAGCCCCAGUUCUUUGCGCAAUUCGUUGACAAAUUCAACGAGGUCAUGAAAUCCAGUGGAAAUCAAGGGAGCUGGUCACCGCUACGGUCGACACAAUACAUAAAGGAAGAUUGGCCCAAACUUCGCAAGUAUCUCGAAGACGGGUUCAGAACCCAACCAAGAGACUUUUGGACAGAGGUUUUUCACGGCAAGGUUCUGCUGAUUAAUUUGCCAUCAUUAGGCACUGACGCUUGUGCAGUUCCAGUCCUGUCUCCUACGGAAGCAGCUCAGCUCCACGGAUCUCCCUACCCUGUUCCUCAUCCGGAGCUCAGCAGAACAUCGCCAUCACCUCUACAAGAUGAAAUCAAAAUACUUGAUCCAGGGAAACAUAGUGUAGACAUUCUCAGAGAACUCGGGUUAUCUGAGGAGGACAUGAGGCAACUCGUCGCUGAGGGAGCAUUGGGUAAAGAAGCACGGGAACUAGUAGAACGUUCCAAAUCGAAAUUAUGA